CUCUUCUGUUUGACUCGCCAUCUGCCUGUGGGCAUAUCUUUGCCGUUCUGGCUCUCUCCCGUGUGCUAGAGAGAUGUUCAAUCCAACACUCGGCUAGUCAGCCUGGGUCUUGACACAAACCCCCUCCCCCCUCAUCACCGGCCAGACCGACCCCGCGGUUUGCCCCUGCAGGCGGUCUGCACCUCUUCUCCUCGUCAGGUACAUCACUUUGCGAUUGUGGCUCGAGCGGAUUUACGGGCCCGGAUCAUCAGACGCUAUAUCAGUUUCAUGCACCAUCAUGCCUAAAGCUAAUCCACCCCCUGGGGGCCGACUCCGCUGCAGACGCGCCUGCGAUAGUUGCAAGCGGAGGAAACAAAAAUGCAACGGAGAACAGCCAUGCACGAUCUGCAUCCAACGGCGCAAAGAAUCCGAGUGUCACUUCUCCGACAAACCGGCGAGACUGCUCAAACCGAAUAGCAGCAGCUCCAAGGACACCAUGCUUCUCAGCGAACGGUUAGUCCCGACCCCACAGCGUCAGACCGCCAUGGACCGACUCCUGAACUCGCUCGAAGACCGGAGUGCCAAUAUGGAACAACAGGCUACGGAUGACAAGGAUGGGAUGGCGCCUGUGCCCAAGGUGGCUAGGCUACUGCGUGAUGGACAAGGCAAAUUCAUGUACGUUGGCGACUCCGCCAGCUUGUCUUUCCUACAGAGUGUGCGGAGGAUCGUAUCGACUUCGAUCGGCAGAUGCGAGUUCACGGAGGACAACUCGCGACAUUCGAUGCUGGAGGCGUUCCAGAGUGGCUCUACAACACAAACAGGACCGUUGAUAUCGCCACCAAGCAAUGAAGAAGCUCAGAGGCUUGCGCGCCAGUUUGUGCUUGCUACAAGCCCGCUGUUGGAUCUGUUCGACCUCAACGAGUUUCACCCCCGGCUUGCAAAUUGGGUCGAGAAUCCGACAGGUGAUGAGGAUACUGUCAGCUCGAUAUUUUAUCUCGUGCUUGCGAUUGGCGCGCAGGUGUCUGAUAUCAAUCAAUCCCUGGCUGAGCAGUACUUCGUCAGCGGCCGUCAGUUAGCGUUUUCUGCCUUCACGGAGACCCCGAGCAUAUAUACUAUCCAGUCCUAUGUUUUGAUCUCGAUGUACAUGCUGGGAGCCUGUCGACGCAACGGAGCUUUUAUGAAUUUGGGAAUCGCGCUUCGUGCCGCGUAUGCGGUUGGAAUUCACCGGAAAGACGCGAAUGCGCUUUUCUGCACCCGGGAACGGCGGGCUCGAGAACGGGUGUGGAAGAGUCUUCGUAUGAUGGACCUGUACCUUUGUGCCUCCUUAGGACGUCCUCCUGCGACACUAGACUUUGACUAUGAUCUGCGUGAAGAAGGGAUUUCGCCAGGGGAGCAACAGCGCCUUCACCCGGACGAGCAGUUGUCCAUGACGGUGAUCUCACUGUGCCGGAUCUUCGAACGUAUCCUGACCGAAGUCUAUAUGCGACAAGUCGUCUCGAUUAACGUCGCAGAAACCAUAUCGAAUCAACAUCGAGCUUGGGUGCGCAAUCUUCCGGUGUUUCUGCAGAUGCAGACUGAGCGGCUGGAUUCCAAGACGCUGGAAGGCACCUUGUCCGCUGCGCACAUCUUUGGUUCCUACUACUGGUCGAUCAUUCUGCUUACUCGGCCGUUCCUCAUCUUCCGAGUGUCCCAAUAUGUGCGGAAUAGGACUGAGGCAACAGGAUCCUCCGACAGCAGGGCCAGCAACUCUCGCAUUGCGUUAUUUGCCGACGCAUGUGUUUACUCUGCCUUGCGCGGACUCAACAUCGUAGAUGAUCUUUCUCGCUACAAUACCCUGCCGCGCAGACUCCCAUUUCUUAUCAAUUCCGUCUUCAACUCAGCCGUGGUGUUGGGAGCCGCUUUCUUUGCCGACUACGACAAUUUGCUCCCGCUUGAGGAAGGCAUGGACAAGGCGGAGAAAUUUCUGGGCCUCUUCGUACCCCACGACCCACACGCAUGUCGCUUCUUCCAGAUCAUCAAGUAUCUCCGAGGCGCAGUGGCGGAGUAUGUUCGUCGACGGAACCGCCAUUGGAUGGAGCGCCGCAGCCGACAAGUUGACCAGCUCUUCGGCCAAGUCGGGCCCGCCAAAGAAACCCCCAUUGCCGAAACAAAUACCCCGAGCAGUCAUCGCGGAGAACCCCCCGCUGUACCAUCUCCUUUAUCCCCCGACAAACUCACCGGAGCUUCUGCUUCUCAGCCGCCCGACUUAACUACAAGCACCACUACCGCUGGCCCAACCGACAGUGACAUCUGGGAUACGCUCUAUGGCGCACAAGGCGCCGACACGCUACCAUACGACACCGCAAUUUCCACGCUCACCACAACCGGAAUUCCCAUCGGCUGUUCCCCAGGCGGUACCAUCCCUGCUGGUGGCAUGCCUCCGGAUGCUCCAGGGGCGCAAACACCACUCUCGGACGUGAUUCUCCCGGACAAUGGCCUGCUCUAUAUGGCCGAAGACCUUCCCGUAUUUGGGAUUUGGGGAGAUGCUUGAAGCAUCUUCUAGCUCACACUGCAGCUGGGAAUUGAGUGCAGAUAUGUCCUACUUGCCACAUUAUCUCUACUCCGGAAAUCUGAAUUCAAUCCAACCCGAUCACGACACUACUCCUCAUGACUCUUGGCCUCCUCUAGAAGUUCCACUUUCCUCCAAUUAUAUUAUCUGAUCUCACUUAAACGUGUCUGAAUUGGCGUGGCGUGGAAUGGCGUUGGACUCGUGAAUCUCUUGGCUAUGUAUAUAUGAAGCAAACUGGAACUUUCCAUCAAUACCACUUCACCAUCCAUACAUACAUACAACACAUAUAUACUUCGUUUCUCGUGUACAUACAAACCUACAAACAUAUGACAUACUACAAUCCCCGACUGAA